CCGAUAACCUCAAUAAUAACAACCUUAGAUUGUUACCACAACCACCGGUCAAGGUUAUUUGAAAGGAAAUCACAAGAUACCUUUUUCGAUCUAUUUAUCUGUUGUGCAGAACUAGAACAGAAGUGUAAUUCAUUGAUCUUACAUUUUUACAGAUAUGGCACAAGCUGGACGUGUAAUCAUAUAUGGAGGUAGAGGAGCUCUUGGUGCUAAAUGUGUCUCUCAGUUUAAAGCAAAUAACUUUUGGGUUGGGUCGAUCGAUAUGGCUGAAAACCCAGAAGCAGAUGUUAAUAUUUUGGUGAAAAAGGAUGAAAACCUACAACAACAGGAGAGUUCUAUUCUUGAUUCAGUAAAUUCAGCACUGAAUGGGUCAAAACUUGAUGGUAUUUUCUGUGUAGCAGGAGGAUGGGCUGGAGGAAAUGCAGCAAAAGAUCUGGUAAAAAAUGCUGAGCUCAUGUGGCAACAAAGUGUUUGCAGUUCACUGAUCACCGCCAGCAUAGCUGCAAAACAUUUGAAAGAUGGUGGAGUUGUUCAAUUUACAGGAGCAAAGGCUGCUUUGGAAGGAACACCAGGCAAAUAUAUUUUCCUUUACUAUUUUGCUACAGUUCAUCAUCUAACAAAAUCUUUAUCUCUGAAGGAUAGUGGUCUUCCUGAGGGAGCCUAUGCAGUUGCAGUACUGCCUAUUACAUUAGACACUCCAAUGAACAGAAAAUGGAUGCCAAAAGCAGAUUUUUCAUCUUGGACAUCUCUUGAGUUUGUAUCUCAGUUAUUCUUGGAUUGGGCAUCCGGAAAAAAUCUUCCAGAAAAUGGUAGCCUGCUCCAAUUGGUAACUAAAAACAACCAGACCGAGGUUGUUCCAUCUUGAAAUGCUAAGAAGACGUGAUUGAAAACAAAAUGACUCGAACAAAAUAGAAUCUUUAUAACAUUAAACAAAUCUACAUAUAUGUUGCAUGUUGGGAAAUGUUAUGGACAUAUAUAUCUCUCUGUACAUUAUGAUUUUUAUAUCAAUAUAUUUUUUGUUAUUUGAUGUUGAUAAACUGAUUUAUCAA